UCAAACUCAUAAAACCCCGCCCUGAAACCAUGGCUUCCAUGGCCUGUUUAAAUUCUUCUGCCCCUGCAACCCGUUCCAACCGGCGUGUCAAACUCAACGUCGGCGGCAAGCUCUUCGAAACCACAGCCUCCACCAUUGAAUCCGGCGGUCCGGAUUCGCUCCUCGCGACUCUCUUGAACCGGCCGCUCAACGAGCUGGACCCGGUCUUUAUAGACCGGGACCCGGAAAUCUUCUCGGUCCUCCUCUCUCUUCUUCGGUCGAACCGCCUUUCGUCCGCUGCCCGCCGUUUCUCCAAGCAGGAACUCGCCGACGAGGCGCUCUACUACGGCGUCGAGUCCCGUCUCCGCUCGGCGAUGUCCCCGGUGCCGCUGAAAGGUGCAGACGCAUCCCUCGUGACUACCAUUCUCCCAGCAGCCGAUGGUCUCGUCUCCGCAUAUACUGCUGACGAUGAAGACGGCUCCCUCUGCGUGGCCCACGGUGGCCAGAUCUCCUUAUAUGAUUGGAAUCUCUCCCACGCCGGCACCGUACGUACACACCUCGAUGAAAUCACCUCGAUACGCCGCAUCUGGCCUGAGAUUGCCGCGGUGGGGUCCGAAUCGGCCGCGGGGCUCCAUUUCUACGACCUUUCCAAGGCGCGCCGCGUAGGGGCGGCCCACUGGAGGGACCCCUCGGAUCCGAGGAUCUACAAGGCCCGAGUCGCCGCCAUCGCCGAUUCCCCUGGCUCGGUUUUCGCGUCGUUCGACUGCCCGCACAGGGAAAACUGCGUGCUCCUUAUAGACAAGUCAACGCUGCAAAUCUCGUCGACUCUCGGACGGCAAUCGGGCAGCUGCGUGAAGACCAUGGUCCCAGGAAAACUGACAUGGUUGCCGGCUGAUGGGCUGCUUGUCGGGAGCGCGAUCGUAUCAGGAGCUUUCGGGUAUUCCGGGUACAUCAGGUUGUGGGAUUCCAGGCUUGAUAAAGUAGUAUGGGAAACGAACGAACCGGGGUCAGGACGGAGCAGCAGGUUCGGCGACUCAUUUGCCGAUGUAGGUGUGGACGUGGAAGGGAUGAAGCUGUUCAAGGUUUGUUCAAAGUCCGGCGACGUGGGUAUGGCGGAUUUGCGUAAUUUAGGGGAUGAUCCUUGGGUAUAUUUGCAUGACAAGAACCCAAGCAUGAGAAGCAGUGGCGGUGGCGAGGACUGCGUGUUGCACUGUUACAGGAAGCAAGUGUUUCUGGGAAGAGAUGGGGAACUAGAGGUCUGGUCAAGAGUAGCCGAGGAAGGAGAUAGUGAGAAUUUGUACAGGAGAAAUUUUAUGGAUAAAGUGGAGGACAUGGAAAGAGGAGUUAUAAAAAAGAUUGAAGGUGGUGGGAAUAGGUUGUUUCUUAGUAGGGAAGGUGUUGAGGGGAUAGAAGUAUGGGAAAGCUCUAACUGUUCAGGUGCAAUUUCUGUACUAACGCCAACAAUCAACAGCAAACAACCGAUAAAGAAGAAGAAGGAAACUUUUUGAGUUUUGGUUCGAGGUCAGAAAUGGGUUACAAGAGGGUCGAGUCUCUGUGUGUGUUAUAAUUUAGACAUGUAAAACUCAUCUGUAUAUAAUGUUGAUACCAACAGUCAACAGAUAGGAUAGUCUGAGAGUUCCCUAAUUUCUCAUGUGAUGACGAACCUUGCCUCCAUGGUUUACAUGUAUAGGGAGAUAUUCUUUUACUGCAAUUCUGCAAUGGUGCAUCAAUUGGUUUGGUUGAGUUUAGGUAGGGAACACUGAAGCAAAUCAUAUGUUUCUGUUCCAAAAGAAUACCAAGGAGGAAAGGAUGAAUUUAGGGCUUGGAGCUAACCGGAAAAUUUCUUGAGGGAUUUUGUAAAA